GUUCGAAACAUCAUCUCGUAAACCUGCAAGCCGGCCACUGAGGUGAUGGGGUUCACUACCGCAGAUGAACGCAGCCUUGAUGACUGAGCGUGCCGAAUACGGCUAGCAUCUUACCUGCAUGCGAAGCUGCCAAUGAGAUAAAGCCUCAAUGUCCGAAUGUGUUUGUGACCGAGCGGAAGGAACCGGUGUAUCUAUUGCCCAGCCUUGGUAUACGGAGGCGUAUGGAGGUGGGGAUGCUGACGGCGAGCAUCAGAGCACAGCUCGCAUGACUGCGCAUCCUGAACAUAGUCAAUGUGCGUGGAACCAGACAGCGUCUCAACACAUUCUGGAUCGCCGGCUCGGUUGAAUUUGAUGGGAUGUCGUCUGCGUCAUGUGAAAGCGCUUGUGCCGGCCCGCACA